AUGGAGCAAGUCAACAUUGCCGUCGUCGGUCUCGGCCGUAUGGGUAAGCGACAUGUUCACACCUUGCUAUACCGGGUUCCACGUGCUCGGGUAAUAGCUGUCUGCAGUGCGACCCCGGAGGAGGUACAAUGGGCAAAUAACAACCAGGAGUACAAGGAAUUCGGGAUUUCCGUUUACGACAAUUACAAUGAUAUGCUCACGCACCCGAAAUUGGCCGCUGUCUGGAUCUCUACCAGCACGGACGUCCAUGCCAGCCAGUCACUGGCAGCAAUUGAGCGGGGCCUGCAUGUUCUCUGCGAGAAACCUCUGAGCACCGACCUUGAAGAGGCGCAAUCCGUCGUGGAUGCAGCGAAGAAGCAUCCCCAGUUGAAAGUCAUGGCAGGAUUCUCUCGUCGUUUUGACGCUUCUUAUCGAGACGCUGCAGUCAAGAUACACGAUGGCAAGGCCAUUGGAGACCCCUUUGUAGUUCGCUCAAAUACUUGCGAUCUCCUUGACAAUAUUGGAUUCUUCGUUCGAUAUGCGUCUCGCAAUGGUGGCAUCUUCGUCGACUGUGCGAUCCAUGAUAUCGAUCUGUCCCUCUGGUAUCUGGGGAACCCUGUGCCGAAGGCUUGCUGGGCAAUUGGCACACUCCAGCAUCACCCUGAAUUGAAAGAAUUCAACGAUGUUGACAAUGCCGUCGGUGUUGUCGAAUUCUGGGGUGGUAAAAUUGCUUAUUUUUACUGCUCUAGAACUCAAGCACACGGGCAUGAUGUUUGCACGGAAAUCACGGGAACAACGGGCAAGGUGAUGGUGAACGUCUUCCCCCGCGCAAACAACGUAGUGUUGGCAGACCGGUUGGGUCUACGGAAUGAAGUUCAGCCGGAAUACUGGCAGAGAUUUGAAGAUGCAUUCGCAACUGAAGCGAAUGAGUUCAUCUCUUCAAUUGUUCGGAAUGAACCUGUACCACUCCCAAUGGAGACGGGAAUUGUCGUCAUGAGAAUCGGGAGGGCUUUGCAAGAAGCUCUGUGUACUGGCAAUGUCGUCAGGUUUGAUCAAAACGGAAACCUUGCUACAUAA